CUCUCUCUCUCUCUCUCUCUCUCUCUCUCUCUCUCUCUCUCUCUCUCUCCGCAAUCACCACCAACUUUUUGACUCAAUCCUCCAAAUCCCCCGCGAACUCGAAAAACCCUAAAUCUCCAUAAUCCUCCAAAAUUAGGGCUCCUCCUCGAACUUCGAGUCAAUUAAUUCUCUGAUCGGGCAAGGGGAACACGAUGUUUCCUUGGAACUUCGCGGAGGCUGCUUUCUCGAGGUGGGCCGUGAAGAGGGUCGUCAAAUUCCUGCUGAAGAAGAAACUCGGUAAAUUCAUACUCGGUGAUAUCGACCUCGAUCAGCUCGAUAUCCAGCUUAGAGACGGCACAAUCCAGCUCUCCGAUCUCGCUAUCAACGUUGACUAUUUCAAUGACAAGUUCGAUGCUCCGCUGCUCAUAAAGGAAGGUUCAAUUGGUUCUCUGUUAGUUAAGAUGCCUUGGAAGACUAACGGUUGUCAAGUUGAGCUCGACGAGGUCGAGCUUGUCCUCGCGCCACGUUUGGAGAGUAGUACUGCAUCCUCUUCUUCUUCUUCAAAUGAGCCAAGCACCUCCUCUUCUGCGAGGGAUGAUUCGCGUAUUGGACUAGGGAAUCACGAGAGUGAGAUGUUGGUGAGCGGUGCUAAGUCUGCGUCCGUUGAUGUCCACGAAGGGGUUAAGACGGUUGCGAAGAUUGUUAAAUGGUUUCUCACGAGCUUUCAUCUCAAAGUUAGGAACUUGAUAGUAGCGUUCGAUCCUGAUUUUGGCGGAGAAGGGAGUAGUGGAGACCCGACGUUGGUGCUUAGAAUGGGGGAGAUAGAGUGCGGAGUUUCGGAAGACCGAGGUUCGGCUAGUGAGCCUGAUAGUUUCCUCGGUAUUAAUCGACUUGCAAACUGCGUCAAGUUUCGAGGAGCAGCUAUAGAGCUUUUAAAUAUGGAUGGUAGAAAUGUAUCGGAUGAUGUGACUUUGAUCAUGACAGGCGAAGGAGGUGGCUUUUCAGGGAGUUUGAAUUUGAGUAUACCUUGGAAGAAUGGUUCCUUAGACAUUCGAAAAGUGGAUGCUGAUAUUUGUAUUGAUCCCGUUGAAGUACGGUUUCAGCCAUCUACGAUUAGAUGGUUCUUACGGUUGUGGAAGAAUUUUAAUAGCUUCGGAUCAGACUGUUGUCCCUCAGUUUCACAUUCUGAUUCAUCGUUGGGCUCACCUGCGGUACCUGCUAAUGUAAUGGUAACGCCUCCAGCUACAUCGUCCUUGUCAGGUGGGCAAGAAGUGGAGCCGGAUGUUACACCUGAGUUACAGUUUAUUUCAGAUUGGUUUCCGUCUUCCUUCAGUAAGAAAGAAGAGGAUGGAGAAGUUGAUAUUGGUGCAAGUGUGGACCAGUUCUUUGAAUGUUUUGAUGCAAUGAGGAGUUAUCAAUCAGCUUUUGGAAGCCAAGGAAUGUGGAACUGGACAUCCUCUGUCUUCACAGCUAUUAAUGCUGCGUCUAGCCUUGCUUCUGGUUCUUUGCUUCUUCCUUCUGAACAGAAACACGUUGAAACUAGUUGUAAGGUGUCUUUUGCUGGAGUUUCGGUGGUACUAUUUUUCCAAGAUGAAAACAAUUGGAAGGAUGUUUCCAUGGGGAUUCACUACUUGGGUGCAGAACUCAGAGAUAUUUCUGUCUCUUUCCAGGUAUCCCCUCAGAAUAUGAGGUUAGAAGGAGAAGUGAACAGCGUGGAGAUCGCUGAUUAUUAUCAAGCUGGAAGUGUUCUUGACACCGCUAAUGCUGAAUAUCAGAGUGGUUUAAUUAAGGAUUUACAAGCCAAAAUUCAGAGUACACUUCCGCCCUUUGCCUCGUCUGAGAUGAAUGCUUACUCCGAAAAGUCAAGCGAUAUAGUUUCUGAUGGCUUCCUCUUUCGGAACAAGGGUUCUGCAGUCAAGACAUUGUUAGUUUUAGCUGAAGGAGGGAAUGGAUUUCGGUUUGUUGUCAAUUUCCAAUCAUCCAAAGCCAGCCGUAGAGGAACAAACUCAUUCUCGUUGAGUUUACCACCUACCACACUCUGGUUGAACCUUCAUUCAGUAGAAAUGUUGGUAAAUCUUUUCAACGAUGUGUCAGAAUCCAUCCCCAUAACCAGUCAUGAAAAGAUUCAGGUUGCCUCCUCUUCUAAAUCAGAAAGAUUGCGAGGUAGUGUGUCAAUCGGGAAUGCUCGAGCGAUUUUGUGCUUCCCUUUGGAGAGCAUUUCAGAAAGGUUGUGUGACUCGCUUGGCGAGCAUUUUAUUGUAGUCGACUUAUCUUCCUCUGUGCCUUCUGACAAGGAAAGGUGUAAGGAAGGAAAUCCAGGGGAAAAGUACUUUACAUCGGCUGCUCGUUCCAUAUGCCUCAGUGUUGGAGAUGCUAGCAUCUAUUUGGUCACUUCUGAACAUAAGGAUUCUGAAUCAGGGGGUGAAUUCUAUGCAUAUAAUAUUUUACUUACCAACAACAGAACUAGUCACCAACUUUCAACCAUUGGUAUGUUUUGGCAAGAUGAACCUAUCAUUAGCCCUUGGUUAGUGGAGAGAGCUAAGAUGCUGGCUACGCAGGAAGAAUCUAUUCAAACAGAUAAAUCUAGGAGGAACAGCCUUGAGUUUGCUGCUGUUGCUACUGCCAAAGAUCAAGAAGACAUCUACUCUCAGACCAAGAAAGAGAUAAUUUUGGCUUCUUCAUUCUGCCUCUACGUUCACUUGCUUCCACUUGCCAUCCGGUUAGAUAGUUGGCAAUACAGCAAGUUAUGUAAUCUCAUAGAUCAGGCAAAAAAUUGGCUAUCACGUAUGGUAGCUAAUACAAGUGAGAAACAAGAGGAAACCGUCUCUAAGAAAACAGAGGAAUCUGUUGCGUGCCAAGCGUCUCUGGUUGUAGAAUGCGAUUCUAUUGACAUCUUGGUUAGGCCAGAACCUCGAAUGGGCAUCAAAAAUCAAAUUCAGAUUGAGCUUCCAGGAUCAUGGAUUCAGCUAAACCUUAAAGUUCAGAAAUUAAACCUUAUGUCUGUCUCAAAUCUUGGCAGUAUCACUGGUGCUGAUUUAUUUUGGUUAGCCCAUGGGGAAGGCACCCUAUGGGGCUCUGUCACAGGUCUACAUGAUCAAGAGUUGCAAUUAAUCUCGUGUAGCAACUCUGCCAUCAAGCGCGGUAAUGGAGGAGGUUCAAAUGCGUUAUCGUCAAGGUUGGCUGGCUUAGAUGUUCUGCACUUACAUGAACCUGGGGUCUGUUAUGAUUAUUUAGCAAUAUCUGUCAGGGGCUGUACGAUUUCAGCCGUAGGAGGACGCCUAGAUUGGAUAGAUGUGGUUUCUUCUUUUUUCACUUCUCAAGUUGAAACAAAUUCUGAAGAGAGAAACUCCAGCUCAUCUAGUAGCUCCUCGUUUACUCUUAAUUUGGUUGAUGUUGGACUAAGCUAUGAGCCCCACCACGAGAAUGCAGAUCAUUUACGUCAAUCAAGUGAUCCGUGGGUGGCCUGUCUGGUAGCGGCAUCUUCCUUUAGCCUUUCAAAGACGAGUCUGUGUGAUUCCAUAAGAAAUGACUACAGAAUCAGGAUUCAAGAUCUCGGUCUUCUUCUGUCCUUGGAUUUAGACCUUAGAAGACUUGAUGGAACGUACAGUUCAGAGAAUCUCCAUAAGACUGGCUAUGUUAAAGUUGCUACUGGAGCGCUAAUUGAAGCAACUCUAAGGACUAAUUCUGAAAGUGGCCUUCUCUGGGAGUUAGAGUGUUCAAAAUCUCGCUUAUUAGUUGAAACUUGUAGUGACACGACCUCCGGUUUGAUUCGCUUGGCCGCACAGCUCCAACAGUUGUUUGCUCCUGAUUUGGAGGAAUCAGCUGUGCACUUGCAGACUCGAUGGGACAACAUUCAGCAGGCGAAUGCUAGGAAUGAUUUUGACAUCAGCGAUACACUCAGUAGCUCUGAUUCCAGUGGAGAAAUGAGAAAUUUAAGAUUUGGUUCCGAAACUGAAACAGGGAUCAUUGGUUUGAUGGACAAAAUAAAUGAAGAUGCUUUCCGAUUUGAUGUCAAUUCUAGUAGUCAGUCCGACUCUUUCGAAUCUCAGAAUAACUACAUGUCAUCUCAUGGGCAGGCACCUAACUGGGUACCUGCUACUGCUGAGGAACCACCUUCUAAUCUGUUUAUUGGUGAGUCAUCGUCCAGAUUGAAAGCAGAAAGCAGCCAAAUAUUCCUAGAAAAAGAUGGCCUACCUGAAAUAAUUGAAGACUAUUGUUUUUCUGAGUUCCAUCCACUGUCAGAGGUACCUCAAGAAGGGGAUUCAUCAGGGAAACAAGCGUUUCUUGAGACUGAUUUGAGUAGAGGGAACUCUGGGUGGUAUGAGGACACGUCAUUAAGAAUUUUAGAAGACCAUGUGUCUGAAGCAACUGAGGAAGAUCAUGAAGAACGUAUGCUGGAUGGAGACUUUCCAUCUUUUGGCCGGACGUCUCAUUCUACAGAGACAGCUAAUGGACGUGUAAUUCUGAAAAACAUCGACAUCAAAUGGAGGAUUUACUCUGGCUCUGAUUGGCAUGAUUCUGGAAAGAAAUGUGGAAUUCAUAAAAAUAUAGUUGGCCGGGAUACAAGUUCUUGCCUUGAGCUGGAACUAUCUGGGUUGCAGUGCCUAUAUGAGAUCUUCCCAAUUGGUGGAACAUGCACCUCUAAGCUAUGCCUCAUGGUCCAAGAUUUUUAUCUUUAUGAUAGAAGCAAAGCUGCACCCUGGAGAUUGGUGCUUGGAUAUUACAACUCAAAAGAUCACCCAAGAGAUUCAUCUUCAAAUGCAUUCAAGUUGGAACUAAAAGCUGUCAGACCUGACCCUGACACGCCACUUGAGGAAAACCGGUUACGUGUUGCUUUACUCCCUAUACUGUUGCACCUUCAUCAAAGUCAACUGGAUUUUCUCAUCAGCUUUUUUGGAGCUAACAACCUAGAAAAGCCUGUAGUUUCCGGUGGAGACCCGGGUGGUUCAACAUUUUCGGUUUCUGUUAAGGGGCAUAAUGUCAUAGAAGAAGCGCUUCUUCCAUAUUUUCAGAAAUUCGACAUAUGGCCUGUUACUGUUCGAGUUGAUUACAGCCCACAUCAUGUUGAUCUAGCAGCACUAACUGGAGGGAAAUAUGCAGAGCUAGUGAACUUUGUUCCCUGGAAGGGUAUUGAACUACAGCUCAAACAUGUGCAUGCUGCUGGAAUGUAUGGCUGGGGUAAUGUAGGCGAGACUGUACUAGGAGAGUGGUUGGAAGAUAUAUCUCAGAAUCAGAUUCAUAAACUGUUAAAGGGUAUCCCAACAGUAAGAUCACUUUCUGCUCUUUAUACUGCUGCUGCGAAGCUGGUCUCUUCACCUGUCCAAAGUUACAGAAAAGAUCGAAGGCUUGUCAAGGGAGUCCAAAGAGGUACUAUAGCGUUUCUCAGAAGCAUCUCACUGGAAGCCGUUGGACUUGGUGUUCACUUGGCAGCCGGGGCUCAUGAUAUUUUGUUGAGAGCAGAAUAUAUAUUUGCAAGUUCACCAUCAUCGCCACAGCCCCAAGGCAAAUCGAAAGCUAAUGUUAGACAUAACCAGCCUAGAAACGCUAAGCAAGGCAUGCGUCAGGCAUACGAGAACAUCGGUGAUGGAAUAGGAAAGACGGCUUCUGCAUUAGUCCGCACGCCGUUGAAGAAGUAUCAACGGGGAGACGGAGCUGGAUCGGCAUUUGCAACGGUUGUUCAGGGAGUUCCAACAGCUGCUAUAGCACCUGCUUCAGCUUGUGCUAGGGCUGUACAUAGUGCUCUUGUUGGCAUCAGAAACAGGUCAGUUUAUACUCAAAUUUUUUCUUGUAAACAGGGCUGGAAACAAAUGUUAUUUUGCAAAGUACUAAAGACUCGUGGGGGAUUUUUCAGUCUUGAUCCUGAACAUAAAAAGGAAUCCAUGGAAAAGUACUUAGGACCUGAUAAACAACGGAAAGACCAACAACACAGAUAAAUCCAGAUUAUUAUCCAUCUUGGUGUCGGGUCUCUUUUAUAGACAGCAUGUGUAUAGGUUUUGAAUAGAGUAAAAUGCAGAACCAUUCUUUGUCCCUCGAAAAGUCAUAGAGAUGGGAAUCAUUUUGGUAUAUAGUAUUAUAGAAUCAUUCAGUUUGUCUCUGUACAUAAGCAAUUGUGACCUUGCACCAUUGUAUAUAUAACCUGUACUACCCCCAACAAGGUUUGCCAAAUGAGUGAAAAGUGUACAGUUUUCUUU